CAAAUAUGCAGGUAUUUUGUUUUGAGGUUAUUAGUGGUUAUUAGCAAAGACAAUUUAAACCCUACUUGUUAGAUUAUAGAGUUAAAUUUUUUUGAGAAUUCAAUUUAAUUAUGUUGCGUAAAAAUGAGUGAUAAAAUAAUUGAAGCAUUUAAUGUUCUUAAUGAAGAGACUACCGCACUUUAUCUGGAUGCCGACGUGACUCAAAUUAACGAAUUAGAUCCCCUGGAGUUUCAGAGGGAUUAUGUAUCGAAGAAUCUACCAGUUAUAAUAAAAGGCGGCUGCGCAAGCUGGUCUGCUACUAAGAAAUGGAGUAUACAAUACUUUAGAGACAAGAUCCCAAAUAAAAAGGUGUCAGUGGCUUUAACGCCAAAUGGCUUUGCCGAUGGAAUAACAAUGGACAGCAAAGGGGUGGAAUAUUUUGUAAUGCCAUUUGAAACUGAGAUGACGAUGGAGGAAUUUUUAGAUCACUUGGAAGAAAAGAGACCAGGCAUGAUUCCGUACAUACAGAAACAGAACUCCAAUUUAACUGAAGAUUUUACAGAACUUCUAGCGGACGUGAAAAGAGAAAUUCCAUUUGCUAAUGAGGCAUUCAACAAAUCACCUGAUGCCAUUAACUUCUGGAUGGGGGACGAGAGAGCCGUCACAUCUAUGCACAAAGAUCCUUAUGAGAACAUAUAUUGUGUCAUUGACGGUUACAAAGACUUCAUUUUGAUACCACCCACUGAUUUGCCGUACGUUCCCUAUAAGAGAUACCCUCGGGCUGAAUUUAAACUAAUAGAAGGCAAAUGGGAGAUUAUACCAGUGGAAAAAAUGAAUGUGAAUCAAAGUGGAAUAGAGGGAGAUAAGCUUGAUGACGAGCUCGAAGAAGCUAUGUUACCUUGGAUUUGUAUAGAUCCUCUUCAUCCAGAUUACGGCAAAUACCCUGAUUAUCAGAAAGCCCACAAAUAUCAUAUACGUUUAGACAAAGGUGAUUGUCUGUAUUUGCCUAGUCUAUGGUUCCAUCACGUCCGCCAGAGUCACGGAUGCUUAGCGGUCAAUUAUUGGUACGACAUGGAGUUCGAUGUCAAGUAUUGCUACUUCAAGAUGCUGGAGAAAUUGUGUGGAAUGUAUUAAUAAAAUUAAAAUAUAAAAACUUCUUUAGAAGUAGUUAUACAUUAAUAAAUAAAUUAUUAGAAACAAUCGCAUACAGAUUUCACAUUGAAUAGCCGAAGGACAUCCGUUUUGAAAAUUUGAAAACAUCGGAGCUAUUACAACACCUAGAGACAAUAUAGAAAAGUUAUUUUUUUACACUGACCCAACUGACAAAUCGGACCUAAACCGCCGCACG